GCGGUGGGCGUGGCUGCGUGUUGUCUUCCUCCCCUACCUGCCAGGUGUGUUCCUCACUCUCUGCCGCAUCGUCUCCGUCGUUCAGGCCGCUUUCUGCGCUCCUCCUGCGGGUUGUUUUCGUGGAAGCAUGGCGGCGCCGCUGACCGACCAGGAGAAGCGGAAGCAGAUCAGCGUCCGGGGCAUCGUCGGACUCGGGGACGUAGCGGAGAUCAAGCGGAGUUUCAACCGACACCUCCAUUUCACGCUGGUGAAGGACCGCAACGUAGCGACGCCCCGGGACUACUACUUCGCCCUAGCCCACACCGUCCGGGACCACCUCGUGGGUCGCUGGAUCCGGACCCAGCAGUACUACUACGAGAAAGACCCCAAGAGGGUUUAUUACCUGUCCCUGGAGUUCUACAUGGGCAGAACGCUGCAGAACACCAUGAUCAACCUCGGCCUGCGGAACGCCUGCGAUGAAGCCGUCUACCAGUUGGGUUUGGACAUGGAGGAGUUGGAGGAGAUCGAGGAGGAUGCUGGGCUCGGUAAUGGAGGACUGGGACGACUGGCAGCCUGUUUCUUGGACUCCAUGGCGACUCUGGGUCUGGCAGCCUACGGUUACGGUAUCCGCUACGAGUUCGGCAUCUUCAACCAGAAGAUCAGUAACGGAUGGCAGGUGGAGGAGGCAGAUGAUUGGCUGAGGUACGGGAACCCCUGGGAGAAGGCCAGACCCGAAUACAUGUUGCCGGUUCAUUUCUACGGCCGAGUGGAGAAGACAGAGAGCGGAGCGAAGUGGGUCGAUACGCAGGUGGUGCUGGCGAUGCCCUACGACACUCCGGUACCUGGUUACCAUAACAACACGGUGAACACGAUGAGACUGUGGUCGGCCAAAGCUCCGAACGACUUCAAGCUGCAGAACUUUAACGUUGGAGAUUACAUCGAAGCGGUUCUGGACAGAAACCUGGCCGAGAACAUCUCCAGAGUCCUCUACCCCAACGACAACUUUUUCGAGGGGAAGGAGCUGCGUCUGAAGCAGGAGUACUUCGUGGUCGCUGCCACGCUGCAGGACAUCAUCCGCCGGUUCAAGUCCUCCAAGUUCGGCAGCAGAGACCCGGUCAGGACGUCCUUCGACACCUUCCCCGAGAAGGUGGCGAUCCAGCUGAACGACACCCACCCGGCUCUGGCCAUCCCUGAGCUGAUGAGGAUCCUGGUGGACAUCGAGAAGCUGGACUGGGACAAGGCGUGGGACAUCACCUGUCGUACCUGUGCGUACACCAACCACACGGUGCUGCCCGAGGCGUUGGAGCGCUGGCCGCUCUUCAUGUUCGAACGUCUGCUGCCUCGACACCUGCUGAUCAUCUACAACAUAAACCAGAGACACCUGGACGGGAUAGCGGCCAUGUUCCCCGGUGACACCGACCGUCUUCGUCGGAUGUCUCUGAUCGAGGAGGGGGACCCCAAGAGGAUCAACAUGGCUCACCUGUGUGUGGUGGGAUCUCACGCCGUCAACGGAGUCGCUCGGAUCCACUCGGACAUCGUCAAGACCACCGUGUUUAGAGACUUCCACGAAGUGGAUCCGGAGAAGUUCCAGAACAAAACCAACGGAAUCACCCCUCGCCGCUGGCUGCUGCUGUGUAACCCCGGCCUGGCUGACAUCAUCGCUGAGAGAAUCGGAGAAGAUUUCCUCACUGAUCUGCACCAGCUGAAGAAAAUCAUCCAGUUUGUCGACGACACAGCUUUUAUCAGCGACGUGGCCAAAGUCAAACAGGAGAACAAGCUGAGGUUCGCCUCCUUCCUGCAGAAACAGAACCAGGUGACGGUGAAUCCAGAGUCCAUCUUUGACGUCCAGGUGAAGAGGAUCCACGAGUACAAGAGGCAGCUGCUCAACUGCCUGCACGCCAUCACGCUCUACAACCGCAUCAAACUGGAGCCCGACAGACCGUUUGUUCCCAGGACGGUGAUGAUCGGAGGGAAGGCGGCUCCUGGCUACCACAUGGCGAAGCUGAUCAUUAAACUGAUCACCUCGGUGGGUCGGGUGAUCAAUAACGACCCGGCGGUGGGAGACAAGCUGAAAGUGAUCUACCUGGAAAACUACAGAGUGUCUCUGGCUGAGAGAGUGAUCCCGGCCGCAGACCUGUCGGAGCAGAUCUCCACCGCCGGAACGGAAGCCUCUGGAACAGGAAACAUGAAGUUCAUGCUGAACGGAGCCCUGACCAUCGGCACCAUGGACGGAGCCACGGUGGAGAUGGCCGAGGAGGCCGGAGAGGAAAACCUCUUCCUCUUCGGCCUGAGGGUGACGGACGUGGAGGAGCUGGACCGGAAGGGCUACAACGCCAGACAGUACUACGAGCGUCUGCCGGAGCUGAAACAGGCUGUGGAUCAGGUCCAGAGCGGCUUCUUCAGUCCCGAGCAACCAGAACUCUUCAGAGACCUGAUCGCCAUGCUGAUGAACCACGACAGGUUUAAGGUGUUUGCAGAUUUCGAAGCCUACGUCCGAUGUCAGGAGCGAGUCAGUGAGCUCUACCAGAAUCCCAAAGAGUGGACCAAGACGGUGAUCCGCAACAUCGCCGCAUCCGGGAAGUUCUCCAGCGACCGAACCAUCUCCCAGUACGCCCGCGAGAUCUGGGGAGUCGAACCCUCUGAUGUGAAGAUCCCGCCGCCCAACGAACCGCCGUUCGAGUCCCGUAGCUGAUCAGGUGUCCGAUCCGAGCCCGACCGUCUGAAAUUCUCAGCACAGUCUGGGGGAAGUGGUUCGCUCAGAAAAUGUAAACUUUUUUUCUUACUCGCCCUCAUGUCAGUAUUGUUUGCACUGUAAACUGUCCAUAUUAGCAGCAGCUACAUGCUCCAAACCUCCAAACGACAAAUUAACAUGAACUGUGUCUUUAAAAUAAAAAAAAAUCUGAGAUUAAACGGGAGAAGCAGCGAAACAGUUAAACAACUGGUCUAAAAGGCAGAUAUUUACACCAAUAUUUAGCACAAGUCCUUAUUUAUCGGUGCGAAUUUUUGUUUUUGGGAUGGUGAACUUUCUGUCCUCUUCUGGCUUCAAAUCCAGAAGCUCAGAGUGACUUAAAAUCUUGGAAGUCACCAGUCUCGAUUCGGGACGAACACAUCUCAUGUAAACUGGUCGUUUCAGUGACUUUCAGUGGGUUUUAUAGACUGUGUUACCAACCAGACCGUUGGCAAUUUCUUUACCGUCUUUCAAGGUGGAGAAACACCUGCGUUACAAAGCUUUUCUGGGAUUUUGUGCCUUAAAAGUUGCUAUGAGGGUCGUUGGGUUGUAUUUUGAGCGUUUUUCCUGUAACGAAGUGAAUCAACGCCCGAGUGACUAAAGGACCCGGCUUUGGGCCCCGAACUGAUGGUGGUACAGUAUGAAGGAUGAUGUUCUUGGAUCAGGGCUGAUUAACCAUAUCCAACAUAAUCCUCUUUUAGAUCUCUCGUUUUCAUGAUGUAGGCGUGGAAACAUUGAGAAGAGAUGACGAGAACACGUUUUAAAAAGUUGCUUUCACGACGGCUUGUGCUUCAUACUGGUGUAACGGCGCCUCUUUCGUCGCCAGAAAGUUCAUAUGAACAACUCACCUUUGGUGCAAGUUCUAGUUUUGUAAACAGACAUUUUUCCAAUAGGAGUCUGGACAUGAGUGGAGCUUAGUUACGCUUGCGGUCUACUCUUUUAGCACAUUCUUGGCUUAUCUUUACAACGCUUACUCCCUCGAAGGCAGCCUGAAUACCUGUGAUUCGGAUCAGACGGAUUCUCCGGUGCUCCUGCUUUACCGGGGAGUUCCCGUUAAAAGCUUCACGUGGAAACAUUUCGUCACAAGUCUGCUGAUACUGAAAAACCGCCAAAGCAGACACGAAGAGUCGCAUAACCCGAUUUGGAAAAUUAGUUCUUUAAUAACUUUAAUAACGGUCGUGACUUUGUUUCCCACAAACAUGGCUGUUCUUAACUUUACCAGCAUCAGCUCCAGUCGAGCCUUUUCAUUAAACCCGUCAGGCCAGAAGCACUUUCACCAGCCCAGAUCUUCCUCACUGUCUACUCUUCACUUCUUACCCAGCUGCCCCCGUUUUUUGGCCCAAACUUUACUGCCGAAGAACAAAAACCCACAUUUCUGAAAACUCCAAAAUGUCAUGUUACUCACUUAUUUCCAGAAUAAAGUGUUUCCAAGAUAGCAGUCAGAAAGCACGAUCUUACUCUCUACGUAACUGAUGACUUUUCCGCAGUUUGUCCUGGGAUUCGGGUUUUGGACGCCGCAAAUCUCAGCAGCUGCGUAAGUUUACACCAUGGCAUCUUGAGGUGCAUUUUUUUAUACUUUCGAGCAAAUUGUUUUGUCAGUCAGUUACGUUUGUUAAGUGAAAUAUUCCUUUCUCAUUUUGUAGACGAUCUUUAGACUCACUUUAAAUAGAACAGUUAGCCACAGUCGUACAUAGAAACUUCCGCUGUUGAUGUUCGUUGUGCAUUUCGCGAUGCUGCUGAUGUCUCGUUGCCUUAUCAGGUGGUUUCGGACCGCGGGAUGAAAAGGACACCGUUGCCUUCCUCUAUCCUCGGCUGGUGAAUUCAUUUUAGAUUAUGUGGGACACCCAGUGGCACCACAGCCAACGAUUCACGUGUGUUCUGUUGACUUCCAGUAAGAGUUAACAUCUGUGAAGUAGACCAGAACUAACUGUUUUCCGUUGAACCCAGGACUGCACUGUAACCUUCAGCGGUGAUGUCCCAUUCACUUACACUAAAAGUAAAACUCAAAAAUGCCGUUAGUAUAAAGUGCCUUACUAGUGAUUCUCAUUCUUCCAGUUCUUCAAAUGAAGUAAAUAUCGAUCCAAUAGAUCUAAAAUACUGUAGAAGUACAUUUGAUGGACAGAGGGUGUAAUUCUGCACUGUAAGUAAAAUCUGUACCAUUUACUUACAUUAGAAUUAAACUCAAAAAUCCCAUUGGCUUACAGUACAACUGAGAAGCCGUUGCAUCGAUUUGCAGUCUCCCGUGAUUUAAAAUGAAAUGAAUUUUUGUUCCGUUAACAUCCAUUGGAUUUGACAUCCACCUCCACUUUAUAGCUUCAUUGGUAGAGCUAAAGCAGGUGAGCUAAAGCCGCAACGGAGAAAAACUUCACAUUUAUGACUAGAGACCACUCAUGUCAUCACACAACUCAACUUAAACACAACUGUCGUCCAACAACAAUAGCGCACUGUCGUUAUUGUUGUCCAUUAAAUUUAAAAUUAAUUACUCUUGUGAACAAAAUCUGGCUGGUUUGUGUUUUUGUUUUUGAGACAUUUUCAGAAAAAAAAUUCUUUGUUGAAAUUACAACUUUGAUAUUGACGUCGAUGGUAUUCACAAGUUAGACUGGAAAUUUCAGUAACUCCGACAUGACAUGAACGUGGCGAAAGCCCUCAGCCUGGCCUCACAGGUGUCUUAUGGGUAAUGGAGUCCAUUUGGAAUCAGUGUUUAUUCAACAUGAAUGUCAAUCUGACUAAAACUAAAAAGCUUUUGUCAGUUUUCAUUAAGUACUGUAUCCACAACACUGAUGUCUGUUGCUCAAAAUAAAGUUUUUUUU